AUGACUUCUCGCGCCAGCGGCAGCACGCUCGACACUAGCCAAUCAGGCGAUGCUACACGCUCAGCAUCUCCAGCCAGCAUGAGCAACAGCAACAGCACUCGCGCCACCAACAGCACUCGCGCCUCCGAUCAAGCAUGUAUGCGCUCCAGCACUUCUCGAACCGGUCUGCACAUUCGAGCCAAAACUUCCGAAGCUCUCCAUCUCGUCAGUCAUCGCGAAUGGGCGGAGCUGAAGCAGGGCGCCAAGAGCAAAGCCAGAGCGGCUGCUCAGGGAAUCGCUAGCAGAUCCGCACCCCUCCGAUCCGAUAGCGCUCUCUUCUCACCCGCGCCCGCGCCUGCGCCUGCGCCUCACCCCUCCGCCCUCGCCUCAUCCCGAUCCUUCUCUUCGCUCUCCAGCAGCAACACCGCCACUGCCACCGUCACCGCCACCGCCACCGCCGCCGCCGCCACUCGCCCUGCACUGCCUCGAGCGGGUCACAUCCAACCAGUACUGCUGCCGACCUACGCUCAACUUUUGCCUGCUCGAGAUCGCCAACCUCAGACUUGGUCGUGCAGGGAUGCGCCGGAAGAUUUGAGCGAUGGAGAAGUGGAAAUCUUUCUUCGAAUCAGGGGCUUUGUGGAGAGGUGGCCUGAGAGCAGGAGUACGGCGCAGCGAGUGUGGGAAAGGGCCGGCAGGCAGGUCAGUCUAUCGCCGCGCGCGCGCUUGCAACCAAUCGUGCAUCGCUGACUGUGACUGCUGCCCCUGACUCACGGCGCUGACUGUGACGGCUGCCCCUGACUCACGGCGCGCUCACGUCACGCAGCUGGCAGGACUGCCUCGUCUGCCUCCUCGCACAUCCGCCUCUAGCCAUGCCGAUUCGUCAGCGUCGCUCUUAUCGCUCAACUCCACCGACGUGGAUGAUGCGGCAUUUUGGCCCCAAGUUCCCGAUGGCAUCUCUUCCGAUACUUCAGGCCAGAGGAUCGGCAGCACAUCGCAAGAUCGACUUCCUGAAAAGUUGGCAGAUACGGUGCUGGAAGGUGCGGGCGAUGCGGCGUUGGAACGCAUCUUGGGCAGCGCGGGCGUCUUGCCCGUCGAGAGCGCACCUCAUCAGCGGGAUGUGCAAAGUGCACGGCGCUCGGAAAUGGAUGCGCCCGUACAGGAGCGACCAGUGAUUGCCAGAUCCGCGUCUGGAUCGGCCGUGCCGCUCGUAGGCGGCUCGAGCACCUGGUGGGGUCGCUCGCUGCACGAGCUGCACGAUCUGGCAGAGAAUUUGGAAUGGAGGCUGAGGGCCUUUUGGACGUACAAGGUGGCGGGCAGAGAGGUGCGCAUCGAGGUGUUGCCUUGCUUUGCAAGACAUCAAGAUGAAGCGACAACAGCAGCAGCAGCGGGUUGGCGCACGCACGAGAGGGAUGCGCAGCACGAGGAGGGCAAAUCCAGAGUGAUUGCUGCUACAACGCUGGUGUCGGAUGCGGCAGGCAUGAUCGACGAUUCGCUCAUCAUUCCAAAGCACAUGAUUCAAGCCUACCUGCGCUCCGACUCGAGAUUCACCAUCCAGCACAACGCUACUCCGGACGACAUUUGCGCGCUCAAAGUGCGAGCGCUACUCAUGCCCCAGAAAUCGCUCGCUCAAACCGUCUUGCCAUCGUCGGAACAGGCGCAGGGCGAGCCUGUCAAGGGACCUUGGCACACGCUGACUGUCCAGCCGAUGAGAAGAGGUGUUAGACGAGUUCGAUUGAUCAGCGAUGUGGACGAUACCGUGAGGCACACGCACGUUCUGGGAGGCACACGGGCAGUGUUCCGAAACGUCUUUGUUAGGAAUCAUCAAGAGGUGCAGGUCGAGGGCGUGUCGCAGUGGUACGACGCCAUGGUGCGCUUAGGCGUAGGCAUUCACUACGUCUCCAACGCUCCCUGCGAGCUGCAUGCCGUCGUUCGAGGUGAGCAGUCUGCGGGGAAGUGCGCUCAUCCGCAUUCGUGAUUGCUGACGUGCACGCGCUGCCUCGUCGCUCUACGCGCGCCAGACUAUCUGGCCAACGCGGGACUGCCCAGCGGACAGUUGGCUUUGAAACACUAUCCCGCCGUCACUACCAGCUCACUCAUCGCUUCGUGGCUGCAACCAGCAGCUGCGCGCAAGCGUGGCGCUCUCACCGGCAUCAUGACCGACUUUCCAGACGACGCCUUUAUCCUCGUGUGAGUCGAAUGCAUGUCCCCGCCUCUUGUGCUCAUGAGAGAUUCUCGAUUGACAAGACGUGAACGCUGGGCUCCCCACUCUCAAGUGGCGAUUCGGGCGAGAUGGAUCUGGACGUGUACACCGAGCUGGCCAUUGCUCGUCCCAAUCAAGUGGCGGCCAUUCUCAUUCGGGACGUAUCGACUCCAACUUCUUCCAGUGUGCCGUCCAGCAGUUCCCACUCCAGUCUCGCCGAGGGCCGAGCACCCAAACGCAGCAACACGAUGCUGAGCAGUGCCGCCUCCACCUCUACCACGUCAUCGUCCGCAUCAGCAGCCUCCAGUUCGACCGAGCCGGACCCAUCUACGCUUGCGUGGCACGCCAGACUCGUUCGGGCUAGUCGGGCCCUUCCGUCGAGCGUUGUGCUGCAGACUUGGAGAGAGGGCAGGGAUGUGCAAAGUUUGUGCGAGUACCUCGUGCAGAGCCUGCAAUCGAGCGACGGACAGAGUGGCAGCUAGAGGAGAGCCACGCGCGGCGUCAAAGCUAGUAGCCCACCUUCCCCUCCUUCCCUCUUGGCGUCGGGUGGCAAGGACGACAACGUGAUGCGCUAGAGGUCCAAAUUUGCUGGCCAAUAAAGCGCCGCAGCCUCACAGCGCUGCAAGCGCUACUGGGUCUGCCCGGCUUUCAUUCGCGCUUGCGAACGCCACCGUGAAAGCGCAAUGCGCGAGGCAAUGGCCUGCGUGCUCGUGGCCAUCGUGAAUGACAAUCGCACGAAUGGCGAGAGGGGGGAAAUGUGAUUGCGUGCUCGUGCUCGUGCGCGCCUGCGCCUGUGCCAUCGCCACUGCCAUCGCCACGCCAGCCGUCGUGCGUUGUCUGCGCAGGCGGCAGAUGAAAGACCACAUCCAGCUCGACUUUGUGGCGAGAGCAAUACAUUCAUCCUUCGCUUGCGCUCGCUCAAUAUUUGACCUUCUUGAUCUCGCUUCCAUCAUCUUCUGCACAUCACAACUCGCUCCUACAACCAGAGCUGGUCUUUGGCUUUCUGAACGCCCUCCUUUCGGUUUGCCUUUUCGCUUCUCUUUUCGUUUCUUUUUGUUUUAGGCCAUUCUAAACGUUUCCUGCUGGCCAGGAAUCGACUCGCGCUCGACACGCGCCUACUGUUGCGAAAAGAGAUGAAGCAGAGGCCAAUCCUGACCUGCUGGGCAGCAACGAUCACGCUAAGCGCUUGCGCUUGUGCUUUCGCUUCAAUCUUUGUACCAGCAGCAACAGCAGCACCAGCAGCAGCAGCGGCGGCACAAACGCACCGUACUGCUCGGGAUGCGCAUUCAUCGAGCGACGACGCUCUGUUCAGACGCGCCCCGCUCAAGCCGCUCGGCCUGCCUGAGAAGGCUCUUGAGCUAAAUGCUGCCCCGAGCGUGAUCGAUCGGGUCGAUGGCGGCGGUACAGUCCCUGCUGCUGGAUCGUCGAGCGGCCCCCCCGAGCUGCCUGAGAGCUCGCAUCGAGAAGCGAGACCACCCGUGAGUCAAAGCGAAUGAAAUGCCUCGCAUACCCGCAUGCUAACCGAUUUUGUCAUUUCGCAGCCCGAUCUCAACAAGAAAUUGGGAAGACCACAAAACUACAAGGGAAACUUUCCCGGCAAGUCCAAAGGUGCUGAAUGGAGGCGCGAGAAUACUGAACGCUACGAGCUCCUCAAGCAUCGACGUAUCAUCAAGAAAGAAAUGGGCCUGACGUCGUCCGGAAAGAGCAAAGAGGAUUGGCCACCUUGGGACGGCAGGAGCGCGCACCAUCACGCCUGGCUCGAGUCACCUCAGGGCAAAGAGUAUAUCCGCAGGGUCAAUGAGCGCAUCGCAGCGGAUCCAGCGACGCUCACGGAUGUCGGCGGAGGCUCUCGCGGUCUUUCCUGGGGCACUUCAGCAUCCGCAGUGCGACGCAGGGAGAACCCCGAGCUGCACGCUGCUGCUCGAAGGAGACGCUUGGUUCGCAUGUCCUUGGGCCUGCCCUCGCAUACGAGCAGACAGCAGCCACUUCCAGACUGGGACGCUCGCAGCACGGGGCACAAAGCGUGGCUCGAAAGCACGGUAGGACGAUUGUAUACGCAGCGCUUGCGGGAUGAAGAGCGCAUUGCAGCCGAGCAUCCUCGACCGAAACGCGUGAGUAGGCGUGUCGGCAUGUUGCGCGAUCGCGAUCACUGCAUUGACCUGGUCGUCUCGAUGCAGCCUCCGGGCACUCCAGCGCCAAUCCGUCGACCAAAGCAGCUGGGCGGGCAGGUAGCGCUACCCCAGCAAGUGCCGCAUGCGCAAUCGUCGUCUGCACUCGGUGGCCGUAAUGCAGCAGAGCCAGAAAGGCCACCCUCUGAUCACGCAGACGAGACAUCGCUAUUGGUCGCUCGCACAAGGGUUCCGGAUGACUCCAUUUUCGGAGGGAUAGAAGAGGCCUCUCCGAGCGCAUCCUCCGCUGCAGGCGUGGAUAGAUUGCCUGCCGCUGUCAAAUUCUUGAGGACUCGUCCGCACGCCAUGCACAGGCUCCUUGCCGCCGACACGCCAGGACUUCAUCAAGGGUACGCCAAUCAGGCUGGCGUCUCCAAAGAAACUCUUGGCAGAGCUCUCUCGCAGGCGUGGGGCGAACACUCUGCUGCUCGCGCAAGCCGUGCUAUCGACGUAGGCGAGGGCGACUCAAAGGUAGUCGCUUUUACGCAGGCUCACGCCGAACGCUUGAAGAAUCUCUCGCCCGAUCAGAGACGCAAGGUUGCAGCGCUUCAGUCGUACUUUGAUUCGAAUCCACGAGAUAUGCAUCUGGCCAUGUCGCAUACGGACCUUCGCGCAACGAGAAGGUCGGCCAGAAAGCUCAAGGUGGAGCCUGCUACUCUCGCUGAUGCUCUCAAUUUGCGACGUCCUAUUGUGCCUGUGGCCAAAACCAAAGGGCGGCCAACCGCGCGCGCGAUGCGACAUGUUGGCGAAGAAGAGGUUCAAACGAAUCGCGAAGCCAUCUUGCGGGCACUCCAGGAAGGCGAACGUCUUGGCAUGAUGCCUCCUCGCAAUCACAGUGGCCCGCAACGAGUAAAGAAUAGCCGGACGUCCGCUCACGAUGAUCGUAAGCGGCUGUACCGAGCCUUGGGCGUCGAACCGCCCCGAAAGUUCGGACCGUCAAACACCAGACUCACCCCUGAAGGCUGCAGAAGUACGCAGCUGCGUGAUCUCAAACGUGCCGCACAAGCCGCCAACGGCAGCACAGAGUGCGCGUCGAUGAUGAAGAAGCAAGCGGGCCAAACUGCAACGAGUACCAGCGCGACCGACCACACCAAUCCCCUUUUGACCCACUCUGAUCAUUCCAAACAUGUGAGCAGUUCUGCCAAGGGACUACAACAGGAUUUGAACCUCUUACCUGGUCAGGCGCUCGAUGAUCUCGAACGCCAAAGGCUGGCACCGCGUGGACUCGGCACCGUAGAGGAAGCGGCUGCAUCUGCGUCGGCCAAGCAUCUUGAAAGCGCACCGAUCGAAGCUGUCAAGUCGAACACUCCCGCAUCAGCAAGCAAAGUGGCAUCUGCCACGACGACGAAGCCAGCGGCCAGCCAUGCCAAGAGACGACCACACAACACGGAGCCCCUGGCGGUCUUUAAAGGCGCGACCGGCUAUGCCCAACUGCUGCGUUGGAACAAGAGUUACACCACGCAAGGACUAGAAGUGCCGGCACACAUAAGGCUGCCCAAGAACGCUCUGAGCAAGGGGCAGUACUACAGGUGGAGAAUGAAAGGACUCAGCGACGAAGAAUUCAUGGCCAAGUUGGAGGAUCCCAAGCGCGCUGACAUGGUAAAAACGGGCAGGUCCUACCGCAAAACGCCAAUGGGCGUUCAGAGCACGCAGUGGCGGGACAAGAGGAGGGUGCUGGCUGUCAGCGGAGCGCCUCAAGAUGUGAACAAACGCUUGCAGCCCGGUGAAGGCAGCAUCGUAUCGCAGAGGCUGGACAAGGAGUUGACCAAUUUGUCUCGCAAGGGUCAGAUUGCGCGCCUAUUUGGAGAAGACCCUGCGGCCGCUUUGCCAUCGUGGGUACCGCGCUCUUAUAUGCAGCGAGCGGGUCUGCUUCGUGGAGAUCCUUCGCUGGGCGGAUACUCGCGGUCCCCGACUCGCGCUUCGGCCAAUCCUUCGGAGCCGGGUCAUUCGCACACUCUGGCCUCUUUGAAGGAGUCGUCGCCCGCGACGCAUGCAGCGCCCCAACGUCGCGCCGUAGCGUCUCGUCUGGACGAUCAAGAGGUGGGACGCGCGAUGCUCUAUACUCGGGGCUUGUCCGAGCCUGGCUCUGCGGCUUGGAAAGAGACGGAGGACUCGCUGCGCAAGGCAUCUUUCUCGUCGGCCAGCGACGCAAACCCAUCGUUUGGCAAGUUGAAAAAAAGCCAUUCACAUGCACCGGCUGUCGACACUGAGCUGAGGCUGGGCUUUCCGGAGCAAGGGUCUGUCUCGCCGCCGCCGCGCGCUGCUGUGCCACCGCAAGACACUAGCAAGCGCACCCGCGUAGAUACCGAGUUGAGCCUAGGCGGGUCUAGUGCUAAACGUCCAGCAGUCGACAUGAACGAGCUUGUGACGCCACGUACGGCCCAUCUCGAUGCGUGGAGGCAGCCAAAUGGAACGCACAAGCAUGAGCGCCCAGGGCAUGUGGAUGGCGCACCGCUGUACACCUCGCUCCCGCCAAAAGCCGCGUAUCGAGGUGCCGGAUCGUAUUCGGAGCUGCUGGAUUGGAACAAGGCGUAUGGAGAGCGGCGCCACGUCCCAGCAGAGAUCAGGAUUCAUGACCGUGCUCCUGCCAAGUCGACAGUCUGGCAUUAUAAGCAGCGAGGCUACACCGACGAACAGAUCAUGGGCUUGGUGGACAAGGGGUUUUUCAGGGGACUACGGGGUGAUGCGGUGCAGGCUCUGACCCCCUCGGGCCGAUACGACAACUACGCACGAUACGCCAACGCCACUCGACUCAAGCAGCGCAGAGAGAGUGGGCAGUCUGCUCAGGACAGCCAAAGACUUCGCAGCCUCGACCGCAGUCACGCCACGCCCGCAGUCGAGCAAGCCGGAGAUGGUCCCGCUCACGGCCGGGUCGCGCCGAAUCAGCUUGUGCGCAGAGUUGUGCACGGCGAUGGAGACCGAUCGAUUGACGACUUUUUAGCCGCUGUGAUGGAGGGGCACGACUUCCGACUGCCACACGAGCUCGAAAAUUUGCACGAUAGUCCAGUCCGAGCAGCGAGCCCAAGCGCCUGGAGCGGAACGCCUGCCAGUCAGACGCGUCACAGUGGUGUUUUAGGCGAGCAAACGCCACACAUUUCCGCUCCACACGCGCUGCAUUGGGACUCUGCUUCUCCUCAGAGUGCGGACAGCAGCGUACCUGAAAGCAGCAAAGCUUCGUCUGCUUCCUCUCACAUGCAGACCGACUCGCUCUCAACGUCCCAGCAAACGACGUCCAGCGCACUUGGAAGACAGCACAAGACGCGUAAAGGAGAUAGUCGACCUCGUCUUGCCAUGUUUAAAGGCGCGAGGAGCUACGACGAGCUGUAUAGUUGGAACAAGGAGUAUUGGAAGCAUGGCGAUGAAGCGCCGGUGCAUAUUCGUUUGCCUCGGACAGCACCAACACCGCCCGCGGUGUAUUAUCGAGCAGUAAAAAAGGGAAUACCACACGAGACGCUUAUGGAGGGCAUUUGGAGCGGCCAAUUGCGGGCACAGCCGUCGGGACGUCAACGCAAGACACCCGAGGGGAACAAGAGCACGCGGUGGAAGGAUCGUCAGGUUGCGAUCGCGAAGCUGGGACUCGUGCCUCGGCGAAGCACGUUUGCGCCCGGGCUGGAACGAAAGACGCCGGAAGGCUCGGGCAACACGGCAAGAUUGGACAAGUACGUCACGGAAGCGCUACAGCAAGCAGCAGAAGGAACGGCCAAGCUGACGGACGUAGAGAGGGCCGCUCUCACCAACUUUAAUAGUGUGGGGAGGCCCAAGGCGGCACGACAAUCGCUACCAGCACAUCCGACGGCCCAUUCGCCUCCCUCGACGCCGACGGACCAUUGA